UAAAACUAGAGUUGUAGUUGAACAAGCUUUUGGACGUUUAAAAGCAAGGUUUUUAUUUUUAAAAGAAAUGAGAGUUAGAAAUCUAUCAAAAGGAGUAGAACUUAUUGAUACUGCAUUAAUUUUACAUAAUUUUAUAGAAAAAUAUAGAGAUACAUGGGGUCAAUUAGAUGAUGAUGAUCAAAUUGAAAUUCAACCAGAAGAAGAUUUAUUAUAA